AUGCAACUUCCUCCACCUCAAAUCUUGUCUACCUUCCCACAACCGAAUUAUAUCGACCCAGUCACGAGAGGACCUUUACUUCUCAUAAUCACCGUCGUUUUCCUUCCGAUUGUGUACAUUGUGGUUGGUCUACGAACCUUCACCCGGCUUUAUCUUUCCAAACAUUUUGGUGUUGAUGAUGUAUUUCUUUUAAUUGCCCUUGUUCCGACUACCGUCUGCGCUGUUAUUGCACUUCUCGCCCAAGAUCGUUGGAGUUGGAACCGUCAUAUUUGGGAUGUUACACCAGAUUAUGCUGAGUUUGGACUUAAGAUCUCUAUAUUGCUGGAGUGUUUGUUCGGACUUGCUGUUGGAUUCACAAAGAUUUCUUUGCUCAUCUUGGUUAUGCGGGUCAUGUCCAGAGGAACAGGUCUUCUCAAAAACUUAGCCAUUGCAAUGAUUGUAAUAGUGGCAUGUGAAGCCAUCGCUUUUGACUUGGUUAUCAUCAACAACUGCAGUCCUAUUUCAGACUACUGGAAGAUAUCCUUCUCACCGCAAAACUGCAUCAACGAGCGAACUCAUCUACUCACGAGCGCAAUUAUUAAUACAUGCUCUGAUUUCUUUGUUUUCUUUCUGCCGAUACCCACAGUGUUUAGCCUUCCAAUACCCUUUCGUCAACAAUUUAUGCUCUUUCUUCUCUUCGCUGCUGGUUUGGUUGUCUGUGCUGCGGGUGUUAUAUGCACCGCACUACCGGCGACGAAACCAUUCUUCUCUACAUUUCUCCCUACUCUAUUUGGACAUCGCACUCGAUCUUCGGACGAAAGUCAACACAUCAAAAUGAAUCAAUCUCAAGUAGACCUCAAACAACCCGAACAGUUUUUCUGCAUCGGCGAUAUACCAGAUCCAAUGGCCGCAGAUAUAGAAAUAUCCGACGAAAUGAUAAAAUCCCGACAGAUGCUUCCAUUAUCAUAUCUCAGUUCUCAAUCAUCAAAUCGAGCAUCAUCCCAUCGAGGGUCAUCAUAUCGGCAAUCAUCCAAUGUACCAUCAUAUUACCAUCGAUCUUAUCAUACUUAUGAUACUCGAGAUAUCGAAUUCGACGAAGCAAGGAUGAGCAUUGGAUCAUACUUGGGACGAGAUUCAGCUCGUCUAACCCAACAAUCGGAUAGAACGCAUCGAACCGACCGAGCAAGUCUAAGCACUUUCAUCACCGAAGAACCUGGAUCGUCACGUUUAUCACGAUUCGCUAGCAGUUUAAUAGAGGUUCCAUUUGGUGUUAAUCAAUAUGGAGGAGGACAAGAGUUGCACCCGUCCGAGAGUCAAGAUGUCUUGAUACAUGCAAGAUGA